UUUGCAAUUGCAGCCAGUUUUGAGGUGUCAACUUAGCAAGUGUGUUGUUUUGUCACAUUACUCCCAACUAUGGAAGCCUAUAUUUCCUCUUACUUGAGAGAAAUAUCAGUGGAUAUGUCAUCUGUGGUUUUCUUGGUAGGAACAUUGAUCACCAUUUACAUUAGUCACUGGAUCUACAGAUGGAGGAAUCCCAAGUGCAAUGGAGCGCUGCCUCCAGGCUCCAUGGGCCUCCCUUUGGUAGGCGAAACCAUACAAUUAGUCAUUCCAAGUGCCUCUUUGGACCUCCCUCCGUUCAUCAAGAGCCGAAUGAAAAGAUAUGGGCCUAUCUUUCGAACCAAUGUGGCAGGGCGGCCAGUGAUUAUCACAGCUGACCCGGAGUUCAAUCAUUUCCUCCUCCGGCAAGAUGGGAAGCUAGUGGACACAUGGUCUAUGGAUACUUUUGCUGAAGUGUUCGAUCAAGCCAGUCAAUCUUCACGAAAAUACACACGAAACUUGACAUUAAAUUACUUUGGCGUUGAGGCGCUUAAGGGGAAACUCCUGCCUCAGAUGGAAGUUAUGGUCCAGAAGACUCUUUCCACUUGGUCAACUCAGGAAUCAGUUGAAGUUAAAAGUGAAGCUGUUACGAUGUCUAUUGAUUUUGCUGCGAGGCAAAUAUUUAGUGGCGAUCUUGAAAAUGCACCGUUGAAGAUAAGCGACAUGUUCAAUGACUUGGUGGAAGGCCUAAUGUCGUUUCCCAUAAACCUUCCCGGUACUGCACAUCAUAAAUGUCUGCAGAUCCACAAGAAAGUCAGGGAAAUGAUGAGAGAAGUGGUGAGAAAGAGGGUUGCGGAAUCCGAGAGACGUCAUGGAGAUCUACUUGAUCAUAUCAUUGAAGACAAGAACACUGAGUCAUUCUUGAACGAAGACUUCAUUGUUCAACUCAUGUUUGGGCUGUUAUUUGUCACUUCUGAUUCCAUUUCCACCACACUGGCUCUGGCAUUCAAGUUUCUGGCAGAACAUCCUCUGGUCUUGGAGGAAUUAACUGCUGAGCAUGAGACAAUCCUCAAGAAUAGAGCAGACUCAGACUCCACACUCACAUGGAACGAAUAUAAAUCAAUGACAUUUACACUUCAGGUGAUCAAUGAAGUUCUGAGGCUGGGAAACAUAGCUCCAGGGUUCUUUCGUCGAGCAUUGAAAGAUAUCCCAAUCAAUGGUUACACUAUCCCGGCAGGAUGGGUGAUAAUGAUUGCUACUGCUGGUCUUCACCUAAAUGAUAAUCAAUUCGAGGAUCCCCUUAAAUUCAACCCUUGGCGUUGGAAGGAAAUCCAACCGAGCACGGUAGCCAAAUGUUUCAUGCCAUUUGGUUCUGGAAUGAAGCAAUGUGCCGGCGCAGAAUACAGUCGGGUGCUUUUAGCCACCUUUCUGCAUGUCUUGGUGACGAAGUAUAGAUGGGCACUAGUGAAGGGAGGCAAAAUUGUCCGGUCACCGAUCAUCAGAUUCCCAGAUGGAUUUCACUACAAAAUAUCAAAGAGAAAGAAGUGAACAUAGUACCAUAAGAUAGUGUUCAUUUAAUCCAAUAAAGGUUAUUGUAUUGUCAAGUUAAUGGUAGUAGGGCCUUACAGUGAGGUUGGUUUCUUGUCAUGUCCUUUCCAAUUCGUGGAGUUUCAAGUUGUUGUUAAAUAAGAUGGCAUAUGGGGAUAUUUGCAUUGGCUCCCCAUUAGUCAUGCUAAAUAAAGUGUGAAAUAAAUUUGUGUUCUAUUAUGUAAGCUGAGAUCAUAUGUUGUAGCGGAGAGGGAGAUGGGAUUUUUGAAUUACAUGUAUGUUCCAAAGUUACGGUAUGGGUGAUAAUAUCGGCCAGUGUUGUUUCAUAUUAG